AUGACUGUCCCUACUAGACCACCCGACCUCGACCUCCCUCCCCGUGACCGUGACCUCCUUGAGUGUGUGUUGGUCAGUGACGGUCAGUCAAUACAAGACCAGCUGCUGACUACUUUGCGGCGCCUGGUGUGGAUGUAUAAGAGAAGGUGGAGGCAGCAGCGCCUCACAUGUGUGUCCAACCCCAGCAGGCGCACAGCAACACCCACACCAGGCUGUGGCCAAACACUCAAGGGACACAACGACUCACGAGCUGAGUUGAGGAUCUUUCAGGGCGCUCUGGCGACAGUGAGCCUGACGCAGGCGGCAGUUGACUGUUCGGGCGGUGAUGGCUUCAAGUGCGAGAGUUGCUCCACCCUCGCCCUGUGUUCGGGAGGAAGUGUGGCCAGCACCUUCCCAUGCCAGAGUGACCAGAUGUGUGAGGAAGGCGCGUCCGGCCCGGCCACCUGUGCUCUCACCAGCGACUCUUCGAGGACCAAAUGUAAGUGCGGCUCCUUCCCCUCCUACGUGGUGGACUCCUAUGACUCACAGAAUUACCUGCUGUGCUUCUCUUCCACACUGCAAAUCCCUCUCAGCUGCCCCUCAGGCGAAGAGUUUGACACGGCCACCAACGCAUGUAAGGCUGUUCCCACCACCUCCACUGUCACCACCACCGAAGUGACCACCACCACCCAACCCACCGUCACGUGCACAGAGGACGGCCUCUUCCCUCUGCUGCCCAGCUGCUCCGGCUACUACGCCUGCUACACUGUCGGGGGCUCGGUGAUAUCUACUGGCGUCGUGUCCUGCAGCGACCCUACACCGGUUUUCAAUCCCGACACCUCGUCCUGCGUGGCUAGCAUCACCGGUCCUGCAACACCAACCUGUGGCGCCACUGACAUUGUCACGGCGGACACCGUGGAGUGCAACGCGUUCUACGUGUGCAGCAACAGCGCCACUGUGGGGGAGAAGAUCUGCUGCGGCGAGGGCCAGGUGUUCAAUCCCGCCACCAUAAGCUGCGAGGCGGACACCGGCAGCGUCACCUGUCCCACCGUCAACCCCUGCUACGACGGCGAGGUGGUGAAAGCUUGUGUUCCUGACACCCUCACCACUGCCGUUGCCAGGAACGUCAUGCAAGGUUGAAUUCUGUAGGUACACAUUUAGAGCACGGCCAGGGGAUCCCUCCUUAGGAAAAUAAGCAAUGAUGUCAAAGCAAAUAUAUUUAUGUUAAUUAUUAGUGCUGCUUUCAUUACUGAUGACUCUCUACUGAGGUCAUUCACCCACUCACUUCCACUCUUGCUUCUUCACUUUUACUUUUUUUCUUGUGAGAGAAUUAAGUCUUGUCUGCUUUAUCAAUAAAUCUCAAUGGGCCCAAAUUCAUUUAAAACUAUAUCCAAAAUUAAAAUUAAAAUAGAAAGUUCAGAUUAACAUUGUGAAGGAACACGGGA